GGCUGUGAUCGUGAGUUGCAUUCUGAUCAGCGUUCAAUCUUCACGUACAGGUUGACGUCAAAUUAAAUAUUGGAUUUUUAACCUGAACCACCUCCACCACUCAGUGAACCACAGGAAGCAUACACGAAUCGACGAUAUACUAUGUAUAGUAUCUAUCAAUCUGCUUCUGCUUGUAGGCCCCCCUCCUAACUUCGUCUUGGUAGCUCUCCGGCUGACUCCGCUCUCCAGCAUACGUAGAUAGAUUCAAUCAAGAAGAAACAUCAAAACGGCAAAUACAUUCCUCUCCGAAAAGAUGGCAAUGUUCGAAAUCGUGGAUGCUCAGGGAUCCUCCUUUAUUGGCUACGGCCAGAAAGAAUGUCGCGCUACCCGCGACAUCAGCGAAGGGGAGAUUAUUUUCCGAGAAGCCCCUCUAAUGCGUUAUUACAACUACGCUGGUGGACGUGGAGCAACAGCAACUACAGCUACAGGUAAAAAGCUGUCUGAUGCGGUAAACGGUUCCUCAUUCGUGAACAGCCAAGGAGAGCAAACUCAUGGUCGUUUUCCUGAUUCGGCAACUUCUGGCGUGGACGAGUUUUUUGAAGAGGAUGCGACAGUGAGACUGCUCGAUGCUGAGUUUCGAAAGGGUCUUGAGGGCUAUCAUCCUCCAAUUGCUAUUGCUAAUGGAGGGCAGUACAGCGAUCUUGCAAUUGAACAUCCCUCAUCUUGUACUACUGCAGCAACUUCCGAAGUCGUCGAUACUGCUACGGAGGACCACGAAAAUACGAGUACUACUGGCGAUGGUAGCGAGAUAGAUGAGCACAUGAAUGCUCGUGAUAUGAUCCGCAACAAAAACGUGGGACAGCUGACCCGUCUAGAGAUCCCGCUUUUUUCCAACUUCCUCUUACACAAUUAAGGCAAAGGCCCACCACGCGGAUAUAGUUUGUUCAUUCUCACAGCUGAUUCUGAUUUUGCUUUUGCCAACAAGAUGAACUCUUGCAGAGAUAAUCCGUUUUUUGUAGUUCUUAACCGUGAAGACCUUAAAAAAAGCGAAAUAUCUUUCUAUUUGUCUUGAAGUAGAUCAACAGCAACGCUGCUAUCCGUGCUGAGCAGUUCUAAUGAAAAAAGAGAAGUGGAGCUGCUGGUAGUGGUAAAGACGGCGACGAUUAUAUGCAAAGAGUACGAUGGCAGACGCUGAUGAAGAUAGUCGGUAAAAACAAACAGUGGCUGAGUAAAUUCGUGACGCAGAAGACGUUUAUCAAAAGGGAACAAGACCGCGAACUGUUAUUACAGAUUUUGACGCAGUUCUUCGAUAUUUGUAGCGGUUGUAGUGAAGAAGAUGGCGCCGGCAGCAGCACUAGAGGUACGAAAAACGACAUGACUAGCAAGCGUGAGGAGGAGCAGAUGCGGUCUAUACUCGGUUUGACCAGCGACACAAACCUAUUUGAUGUCGCAUCUUUUGGUUUGGCCCGCAGCAAGUUCGGGUUUUCGAGUGGUGACACUCGUCUGAAGGUCAAGCCUUCUGCUUUUCUCUCGUGUUUUACCUCUUUUGCUUUUAGCUUGUGGAGGAUCUGGAAGAACAACGCUUUGCCGACACCCACACGACAUUUACUUACGGCUGAAGAGUAGAUUAAAAACAGAGAGUACUCUCCUAGAACCUAGGUUCUCGUACUUCUAGUAAAUUGGUUGACUCUUCACAUGGGCUUCUUAGUUACUUCCCUUCGUCUAAUGCGAUGGAGAAAGGAUGCCGAUCAGCGGACGACGACAUAUUGGAGAAACAGCAAGUCUCCUGUCUUUGUCCAACGAUCGCCCGUUUUAACCAUGGCUGCAUGCCAAACGCUAUGUUCGACUGGCGUUUUAAGGAAGGUGUGCGAGAGGAGCAAACGAGAGGGCACGAUAUCUUUCUAUGGCUACCACUAACGCGAUGUUCAGUGAUGACGUCUUAUUUUCAAUACUAUCCGUUGACGUUGACUCUGAUGUCGUGAUUAAUGUGAUUCAUUCAGGUGCGUAUUUAAUCAGCAACUACCGAGAUGAUGAUAAGAACGGCAUUCAAUUUACUUCAACGUCUUCAACAUACAACUACUACUACACACAUGAAUGCUUCCGGUAUAAUUUGGUAACCUGAAUUUGAUCACAAGGAUUCUCUUCUUGUUUUCCCUUAUGAUCAAAAUCAGGCUACCUAAUACCACAACAAUAAAACGCAGCAUGUUGAACAUGCUUUAACUGCAUUCAUCUGCUAGAAGUUGUUGGCUCUAAUCAUCGCACCCGCUCUUGGCGAAGAGGUUGUAGUGGCCACGGUGCCGAUCCGUAGGGGUGAGGAGAUCCUGGUCAAUUACAUCGGACCAGAUCCGUGGGCAAUGAGACUCGCGGAAAGGCAAGAGAUCUUCGCACGUGAUUUUGUUAAGGCUCAUGAUGUUGAUGUUGAUCACGCGUAAAUGAUUAGCGAAGAUAUCUCCGGUAUAUUAUCUCUGGAUCAUUCAUUGCUGAAUUGAAGUUGAUCUUCUAAGUACUUUAUGUUUAUGUAAGUAUGUAAGCAAAAGCAGCUCUAAUUUUGGUUUUCAUUGCCGCUGCUAUCUUUGCAGCUGCGAAGAUUUGCUUGUUGAUGAACAAGUUGAAUCGUCUCCAGCUGAGUCGCCUCCACGACCAAAGAAAAGAAAUUCCAGAACAACUCUAGCGCAAGAUGAACCGGUGACAGAACAAAAACGACAUACAUCUAGUACGUCGACGACAAAUGACUGCGAGCAAGACGAUGACACUCCUAAUGUGGAAGCUCUGCGCACAUCAGACGCGAACCGCGCAAAGCUCAAAUCAUUUGGGGAUGUCUUCAAGGCUGGAUUUCUAGACGAAUUAUUAGAGCCGGAUGGCGCCAUUAAGCUGUGCGAGGACCUCUUGGAGCUGUACCAAGCGGAGUACCAAUCCGCGCAUCCUGGCUACACUUCUCAAGUCCUCCAGACAUGCCUUUUUUACACGAUCAAAAAGGCGGAGGAAGACCAAAGACGGUUGGACAUCCAAGCGAGGGUGUUGCAAAGAAGCAUGAGUAAGAACCAGAAUAUUGAAACCGUCGACCCUGUUACAACAAGGACAACAUCAUCUAGCACUGGAUCACCUGCAACAACAACUCCAGAGCCACCAGCUCCAGAGCCGCCGGCCGCCAACGACGACAAGGAGGCGCUACAGAUGGACCCGAAACUGGCACAGCAAGCGCGAGUAUUCGAACAGAAGCGGGUGAUUCAGCAAAAGCUUCAGCUCAUCAUGUACCAAAAGGCCUUCAGAAUGGCCAAGAGCUCGGUCAGAUUGUGUCAGAUUGCCUACGGAUCCCAUGACCCGCACACGAAGCUAGUCAUCGACAUCCGUGACCUUAUAAAGAAACACCUUGUCGGGAUCUCGAAGACAGUUCUGGAAGCUGCUGGGUCAAACUCUUCAGAUAAAGGUGCCAUUUCUAGAAGUGCGAAACAAGAAGCCGGAACCGGAACCGGACAUAGUUCGUGUACCAACGCAAAAAGUAAUAUUCAACCGGCUCUUGUUAGGCUUUGUCUCUCCGACCAGAUAAAGACGCGCACGCAGCAGGAGAUAAGUGCGAAAUUCGACUGAGGCAACUGUUAAGAUAACAUACGGUUGAGCUAAAAACAGGAUAAAAGAUAACAUGUUCGUAUCCUUGCUUCGUCUACACGAUAGUUAUGUCCCUAGUACUGCUUACUGUUUCGUCUACAUCAUCAACCCAAUAGCGGUAGAUACGCAGUAGCUACUUGAAGACGGCACAUGCGACAACGAACUCACGGAUUGUUCCUAUGAACAGGACCAAAACCAAGAAGAGGUGGAAUGCUAUAUUUUAACGAGAAUGUUGACGGGUGAUACUCAUGACACCAGAGAUUUUUAGAUUUCUUUUGUGCCUUUGCGCCACAGCCACUGAAGACCAAGAUAAAGAUGUCUUUUCGCAUUGUAGCAAAGCCGCUCCAGCACCAGCUCUCAAGGAGGUGGCCGGCGCAUCAAUUUCAAGUUUUUAGAUUAUGACGGUCGACGGUGCUGCAAAUGGACGAGAGCGCUACGAGUACAAAUACGUAGAACCGAAUUAGAGAACUUCAGGUUUAUCAGCCGUGCCUUUAAGUUUGAUUGCUCACAAAGUGUGAUGUUUCACGAGGCAGUAAUUCUAAU